ACGCGAUUGUUCAUGUGUUCUUAUUUAUUUCAUUCAUUCAAUUUUUGAAAUUUGGAAUGUAGCGCAUGUAAUUUCAUGUUUGGAGGAAUAACGUACAUUUAUCAUUCGAGUUUUUGGUAUAAUUUUGUUUGAUGUUACAAUUUGUAGAGGCGCAUAUUUUCACGCGAUUGUUCACUCUGUUCUUGUUUGUUUCAUCAAAUCAAUUUUUGAAUUUGUAACUUAUCUCAUGUUUUUAGGAGUAACCUACAUUUAUGAUUCGUAGUUGUUGGGAUAACUUGUUAAUUCAUUUUUGUUUUGAUGUUACAAUUUUUACAGGCGCAUAUUUUCACGAGAUUGUUCACUCUGUUCUUGUUUGUUUCAUCAAAUCAAUUUUUGGAAUUUGGAAUGAAUGACCUGUUCUCCGCGGGGUCAGGGCGACCGCCACUCCAAAAAAUUACUGACGAUGUUCCGUCAGUGAGUGGCGGCCGAAGGAGGGUGAUUGGCCCUGAGAUGCCUUCUGCUGAGUUACUUGCUGCUGCAGCUAAACUGACUCAAGCUGCAGCUGAGCUUAGGGAUGCCGAAUUCGAUGAUGAUGGUGGAAUAUUUAUCGGGCCACCUCCUCCUGCUCUUGUCACUGAGGCUGAAUCAGCUAACGAAGCGGAGCGUUUUGAAGAGGUUACAAGAAUAAUGGGAGUGGAGUCUGAUAAUCCUUAUGAUAUAGUUGGAGUAAACCACAAAAUGCCUGGUGAAAAUAUGAAGAAGAGGUACUGGAAACUGUCACUCUUGGUGCACCCUGACAAAUGUUCUCAUCCACAAGCGCACCAAGCAUUUAUUAAACUAAGCAAGGCUUUCAAAGAUCUGCAAGAUCCAGAUAAGAGAAAAGCAUUUGAUGAUACUCUUAAGAAAAAGGAAGCGGAAGAAGAAUUGAAGGCGUUCCUAAAAUCUAUGCGAGAAGCUGCACUUUGGAGGCGAUCACAAGGCUUGGCUAUGGAAGGGGAUGAUGUGCUGCUGGCAGAGUUGGAUAUGAAAGCUCCACCAAAACGAGAUGAAUGGAUGACGACUCUACCUCCUGAAAGGAAGUUUGGUGGUAUGCCUACGCACUCUACAAAUUUCAGCAGAACUACUAAACGAGGGCGUGGCGAUACCAGUGCUUGGACGGACAGCCCUUUAGAUCGGGCUCUGAAGGCAAAGAUGAAUUACAUGAAAGCCUAUAACGAGGCAUCGGCACUCGCCUCCAAUGAAGAAAACAAGAAAGCAUCAGCUGUUGAUGCUGAUUUGGUUGAUCAAUAUAAUAAGGCCAAGAGGUCGAAGCCCUUGGUACAGAAGCACCAAGAAGAAGCUCAGAAAAGGCGUUCUAGAAAGAAAUCGAAGCAGGUGCACGAGGAGGAUGAUUGGGCCGGAAAACACCCCUGGAAACCUUGGGACCGGGAGAAAGAUCUCUCAGCUCGACGGCAGAAUGUGAAACUUGAUAAGGAAAACUUGGGUCAGGGUUUAACCUCCAGAUUUUCUUCUGGGUCUGUUCAGAGAAGCUUUCUGUAAGGGAAAUUUGACAAAUUUUGUUUCAGUCUUACAUUUAGCAGUCUACAAUAUUUCCUUAAGAUCUACUUGUAAAGUUGUAAAAAGUUACGAUAUUGUAAAUUGCACCAUAACUUGAUUAAUGGAUAUAAAAAUUUAUUGUUCUUUU